AGGGGGCUCGGAUCCGGGGGGACACCCGGGGGACAUGGCUCCCAACUCGGACACGGUGGAAGGGACCACCCUGUUGCCGGGGGAGGACAUCACCACGGCUGGAUCCAACCCCAGCUCCUUAGCCGUCAGCGCCAAAGACCCCGACAAGCAGCAAGGCCAGCAGGGCGGCCAGAACCCCAGCCAGGCUGGGCAGCAGCAGGGGCAGCAGAAGCAGAAGCGGCACCGCACCCGCUUCACGCCGGCGCAGCUGAACGAGCUGGAGAGGAGCUUCGCCAAGACCCACUACCCGGACAUCUUCAUGCGGGAAGAGCUGGCCUUGCGCAUC